CAACUAAGCCAGAAAUUUAAAAACAGCAAUUUGGAAAGAUAAGCAAGCUACAACAUCCAAAUUCAGGCUCAUCUUCUGAAAAGGCUGGUAUGGCUGAGGGUGCGAUAAGCUUAUUAAUCCUGAGGAUAAGUGGCAUCUUAGCCAGUGAAGCAAUAAAAUCAGCGGCUUCAACGCUAGCAAGGCAACCAUCGGCCAUGAGAGAACUCAUGAAGGACAUAAGCGAGAUCAAGGAUGAGCUAGAAAGUAUGCAAUCCUUCCUACGAACUGCUGAGAAAUUGAAAGACGCCGAUGAGAGCACCGCCAACUAUAUCAAACAAACAAGAAGUGUUGCUUUCGACAUUGAGGACAUUAUAGAUGAGUUUACAUACAAGAUUGGCGAGGAGCAAGGAGGGAUUCUAUCUAAAACCAUUAAGAGAUACAGAAACACAAAUAGCUGGAAUCACCUUACUAGGCGGCUUAGAGAAAUCAAAAAUAGCCUCCAAAACAUUAAAGAGAGAAGGGCCCGAUAUAAUACGGAAGCAAUUGAUAUCAAGCCAAGCCCUUCAAAAGUUGGAGGUAGAAGUAAUAGUCCUGCAGAAUAUGCGCAUUUUGUUAAAGAGGAUGAUCUUGUGGGAAUCGACGAAAACAGGGACUUACUACUUAGAUGGCUGAAGGAUGAGGAGCAGCAAAACAUGAUAAUUAUCUCUGUGUGGGGGAUGGGUGGUUUGGGGAAGACUACUCUUGUAACUCAUGUGUACAACAACAUCAAGACUACCUUUGACGCUUGUGCGUGGGUUUCUGUAUCUCAAUGUUAUGAUACUAAUGAUUUGCUAAAACAAAUCAUAAAGGAAUUCUGCAGGGAAGAUCAUAAUAAAAUAGCAAUACCUGGAGACAUUGAUGUUAUGGACUAUAGAAGCUUGGUUCAAACGAUCUGCAGCUUUUCACGAAACAAAAGGUAUGUAAUCAUUUUGGAUGAUGUAUGGAGUAUAAAUGCAUGGUUUGAUAUAAAAUAUGCAUUUUUGGAUGGUAAUAGCAAUAGUAAGAUAGUGCUAACAACACGAAUUUAUGAAGUAGCACUAUUAGCUCACGAGCACUACAGGCUUGAACUCAAGCCACUAGAACCAGAUCAUUCAUGGAGCCUCUUCUGCAAAAAUGCAUUCUGGAAAAGUACCAAUAGGGUUUGCCCCCCGCUAUUAAAACAUUGGGCCGAAAAAAUUGUAGAGAAGUGUUGUGGCUUGCCAAUUGCUAUUGUUUCUAUAGGUAGUCUUUUGUCCUUUAAGGAACAACUUGAUACCGAAUGGGAGAAGGUCUACAAAGAUCUUGAGUGGCAGCUAACUAGCAACUCUCCUUUCAGUGAAAGAGUGAACAGCAUUCUGAAACUUAGCUUGGACGAUAUUCCCCAUUAUCUAAGAAACUGCUUUUUAUAUUGUUGCAUUUUUCCGGAGGAUUACAAGAUUAAACGGAAGAGACUUAUAAGGCUUUGGGUAGCAGAAGGUUUCAUUGAAGAAAAAGAAAGAACGUUGGAGGAAGUAGCUGAAGGCUACCUCAACGAACUCGUUCAUCGCUGUCUACUGCAAGUGGUGACCAGGAAUGAAUUCAGAAGGGUUCGUGAAUGUCAAAUGCAUGAUAUAGUUCGAGUCCUAGCUCUUUCCAAGUCAAAGGAGGAAAUUUUCUACAUGGAUUACAAGCAUUCAAGGACUUCACAGAGGUGCAAAGCACGCCGCACAUCAGUUACAUGUGGUACAAUUGAACAUUGGAAUGAAGAUAAAUCCUAUUUACGCUCAUUACUUCUUUUUAACAGUUCCAUGAGUUGUGAUUUCCUAAAGUCAGUCACAAAAUCUUCAAAAUUCUUAUGUGUCUUGGAUCUAGAAGGUUCUUCGAUCGAUGAAGUACCAAGUGAAAUUGGCAACCUAUUCAACCUGCGUUUCCUAGGCCUAAGAGAAACAAAAAUCGAGAAGCUACCAAAAUCAAUUGGGAAGCUGCAAAAUUUACAGAUAUUAGAUGCCUGUGGCACUAGAAUAAAAAGUUUACCAAAUGAGGUAACGAAGCUUGGAAAGUUGAGGCAUUUAUUUGUAUUAAUCAACCCAGAUAAGAUGUACAGCAGUUUGGCAGCUUUUGGAGGUGUACCAACACCAAAAGGGAUAUGGCACUUGAAGGACUUGCAAACUCUGCAGUUUUUUGAAGCAAACUCAGAGAUGGUAAAGAAGGUAGGAACCUUGAUCAACUUGCAGACAUUUGGUAUCACCAAAGUACGAACGUCCGACUGUGCAGACCUGUGCCGGGCUAUCGCAAACAUGAAUCAUCUUGUCCAUUUGGAGAUUGUGGCAAAAGACGAGAAAGAAGUACUACAUUUGGGAGCUCUUCGUCUGCCACAAUCUCUCCGAAGAGUGAUGUUGUUGGGGCAGUUAGACAAAAUAUAUUCCUUACCUCAAUGUUCCAUGUUCUUUGGGUCCCUUACAAACCUGACUGUCUUUCGACUUCGUUGGUCUCGAUUGGUUGGGGAUCCGCUUCCAUACAUUCAAGCAUUACCUAGAUUGUUGAUCCUUCAACUUUGGCAAGCGUAUGACGGCAUGAAGUUGUGCUUCAAAACAACAUCAUUUCCAACUCUAAAGGAACUGUCAAUAGGGGAUGCCCCGCAGCUCAAUCAGAUAGAAAUAGAAAAAGAAGCGAUGCCAAGACUACAAGAACUUAGUCUCUCAGGUUGCCCAAAACUGAAGGUGCUGCCUCAAGGCAUCGAGUACCUCACCACCCUUCAGGUGUUACAUUUUGGAGAACCACCAGAGGAGCUUGUUGCAAGGCUUUGGGGAGGAGAAGGUGGAGAUGAAAGCCGAGAAGACCAGAUGAAGAUUCGACACAUACCAAAAGUUAUUCAUUCAUUCAAGAAAGAUGGCAAAUGGGUAUGGGAAAGGAUUCCAUGAGUGUAUUUGUUGGAAAAGUAUGCCUGUUUGAAAUCAAAACUUGCUCUUUUGAGAGGGUGUCUAGUGUACGGGUGCAUUUAAGUAGGUGUGCUCUUUUAGUGAAGGCUCAGGUCUUUUAGUUGAAAAUGUAACGUUUAAGUAAGUUGUAUCUUUUCAUGUAUAAAAGAUGUAUCUCUCAGCAAAGUGAUAUAAGUGUGUAUCUUUUAAAGGAAAAGUGUAGAGUACUGGAUCUUUGCAAAUUGGCAAGAUUACAGUGUGAUCGAGUUUGUGGACAGCACUUUCGGAUAGUGCUGGACUGAGUUAGAGCUAUUUUUGUGCGAAAUGGACGCGAAAAAUAGGCUAGAAAUUAAAUCAGCUGAAACUGGGUUUCUAACCAUUUCCUAACGUCCGGAAGUGGAUUAGAGCGCCCGGAAGUACCGAGGUGAGGAGUUGGGGGAUCCAGAGUGCAGUUCCGAACACCCGGAUCCAUCGUAGUUGGAUCCGGAUUAAGGGAGUCACUGUUCAUGCCUAUUCUGGAUGCCCGAAUGUUACUGUAGCAGACCGGAGGAUGCUAGAGUGAUGUGACCAAGGCGGUAAGCAGGUGCCUUAAUUUACUGAGUUCCGUAUGCAGAUUCGGGAGCCCGAAAAUGGGCGCAAGCAGCUACAUAGGGUUCGGGCAGCCCAUUGCAGGAGGAAGCGCUCAAAUUACCUCGGAUACGGGACUUCGGACGCCCAAAAGAUGGUUCCGGGCGCCAAAAGUGAAGUCUUCUACUGAGGGUUUAUUUUUCCGAGUUUCAAAGGCCUUUCUGCUAUUGUCACCUCUAUAUAUAUAUAUAUAUAUUCCACGGAUCCUGUGAUUUUAUUCUUUUACGUCCCUGCAGAGCUCCUCCUUUUCUUCUUUUUCCUCCUUCCUCUAAUUGAGCUGUGGCUCUAGCUGGCUGAGAGAGAGAUUGGUUGGGAGAUUUGGAGGUUUGCACCGUUGAGGAGUAUUCCGUUGCGAGUAG